AGCACGAACAAUUUACCACUCAUCAUCUGCCUUCUUCCUCAUCUCUCUCUCUCUCUCUCUCUCUCUCUCUCUCUCUCUCUGACAAUGGCAAUGUCUGGUUGGGUCUUUGUGCUGACCGUUCUUGUGGGUUUAACAUCAAUGUCCGAAGCAAGAAUACCAGGUGUGUACAGAGGUGGAGCUUGGCAGAAUGCUCAUGCCACUUUCUAUGGAGGUUCUGAUGCUUCAGGAACUAUGGGGGGUGCUUGUGGGUACGGAAACCUUUACAGCCAAGGCUAUGGAGUCAGCACAGCGGCGUUAAGCACAGCUUUGUUCAACAAUGGCUACCGCUGCGGAGCAUGUUUCGAGAUCAAAUGCGCAAACGAUCCCACAUGGUGCCAUUCGGGGAGCCCUUCUAUCUUCAUCACGGCUACCAACUUCUGCCCUCCGAACUUCGCUCUUCCCAGCGACAAUGGCGGCUGGUGCAAUCCUCCGAGGCCUCACUUCGAUCUCGCCAUGCCCAUGUUCCUUAGAAUCGCCGAAUAUCGCGCCGGAAUCGUUCCCGUCGCUUACCGCCGGGUGCCAUGCCGGAAAAGAGGAGGGAUACGUUUCACGAUCAACGGGUUCCGUUACUUCAACUUGGUGCUGAUAACGAACGUGGCCGGAGCCGGAGACAUAGUGAGGGUGAGCGUGAAAGGGUCACGGACUGGGUGGAUGAGCAUGAGCAGGAACUGGGGGCAGAAUUGGCAAUCUAACUCCGUUUUGGUUGGUCAGUCGCUCUCCUUCCGCGUCACAGGCAGUGACCGUAGAACCUCCACCUCCUGGAACAUCGUCCCAUCUCACUGGCAGUUUGGUCAGACCUACGUCGGCAAGAACUUCAGGGUCUAACUCCGUCAGGGGCAUUUUCGGAAGAUCUCAAAAUAUAUAGACCUUAUUAUAUUAUAUUAGUAUAGUGUCUACUGUCUAAUAUCUAUUCUAAUAUUUACCCUUUUUAGCUGUUGUUAUGCCGAAGGCGUAGCAGAAAAUGAAAUUAGCCAAGGGAGGAAAGACUUUCCUUGUUCGGUAAUUCCAUUUUUACCCCUUCUCUUUAGGAGCUUUGGUUGCGGCCGUCAAAGUGGAUGGUUCACUUUCUUAUGUUCGUUGUUUUUGGGGGGGCAAAGUUGGAAGUUUGUGGGAAUUUUGGGAAGCUGAGGCGGUUGCAACAAGAUUUUCAGCCGACAGCCCAGAUUUAGUAUAAAAGCAAGUUGUAAUUGUAGUUGUAGUGACUAUAUAUGUAUGUGAUGACCAGUCAAAUUGGAAAUUUACCGAGUACUUUAUUUUUCUUU